AUGCUGAACCUUCUAGUCCUCAUCCGCUUCAUUGCCUGCGCUGUUGCGGGCCGGAUCUCUACAACUUACAGUAACCACAACCCAAGCUAUUCUACACACACUUACAGUGACCAUAACCCAACCUCUUCUACAGGCACUUACAGUGACCAGAGCCGACCCUAUUCUACAGGAACUUACAGUGACCACAGCCGACCCUAUUCUACAAACACUUACAGUGACCACAAUCCCAUCUAUUCUACAGGCACUUACAGUGACCACAACCCCACCCAUUCUACAGGCCCUUACAGUGAUCACAACCAACCCUAUUCUACAGGCAUUUACAGUGACCACAGUACAACCUAUUCUACAGGCAUUUACAGUGACCACAGCCCACCCUAUUCUACAGGCACUUACAGUGACCACAGCACAACCCAUUCUACAGGAUCUUACAGUGACCACAGCCCACCCUAUUCUACAGGCACUUACAGUGACCACAACCCAACCUAUUCUACAGGAACUUACAGUGACCACAGCACAACCUAUUCUACAGGCACUUACAGUGAUCAUAACCCAACCUAUUCUACAGGCACUGGUAGUAGCUGCAGCUCUCACCUUAGAGAAGGAACAGGAUUACGGCCAUAUUCGAAUGCGUUGAACUUUGGUGAUGGAUCUGCUGUUGCUGCUGUUGCAGCCGUUGGUGACCGACGUGCUGCCGCCUCUGCGGUAGCCACUGCGGCUGGCAGAUUUGCUAGCUUAAGAGCCAAUCUGGGUGGUGGUAUGCGCGGUUGGAUGCGCAGUGUCAUGAACAGUGGCAUAGGCCGUCACAUGGACAGUGGCAUGCGCGGUGCUAUGGGUGGUGGCAUGGGCAGUGGCAUGCACGGUGGUAACGGCGGUGGUACUGAAGGUGGUCGCAUGGGCGGUGUUAUGAGCGGUAGCAUGGGUGGCCGCAUGGGCGGUGGGAGGAAUGGUGGCAUGCGAGGUGGCAGGGUUGGUCGCAUGGGCGGUCGCAUGGGUGAUCGCAUAGGCAAUGACAUGCGCGGUGGUAUGAACGGUGGCAUGGAGAGUGGCAUCCACGGUAGGAGGGGCAGUGGUAAAGGCGGUGGUAACGGAGGUGGUAACUGCGGUGGUAACGGCGGUGGACACAGUGGUUGA